AUGUUUCAUGUUCCAGCCAUGGUGGAAACCAGUGACGGUAGCAUGGAGGAGAAAGUCAUCAAUGAAGAGUACAAGAUAUGGAAGAAAAAUACGCCUUUUCUCUAUGAUAUGGUAAUGACACAUGCAUUGGAAUGGCCAAGUCUCACUGUGCAGUGGUUACCGGAUAUACAAAAGGCAGAGAACGGCGAUUACACCACUCAACGUCUCAUCCUUGGAACUCACACCUCAGAUGAACAAAAUCAUCUUCUUAUAAGUAAAAUCCAACUUCCCACGGAUGAUGCACAAUUCGACGCUUCGCGGUACGACACUGAAAAAGGAGAGUUCGGAGGAUUUGGCGCAAUCACGGGAAAAGUUGAGACUGAGAUAAAAAUUAAUCACGAUGGCGAAGUCAACCGUGCUCGAUACAUGCCACAGAACCCAGUCAUAAUUGCAACAAAGUCCCCCAAAGCUGAGGUAACGUUUCAGUUUUUCGUUUUCGACUACACCAAACACUCCUCUGUUCCGAAAGACAAUCAGUGCAAACCUCAAUUACGUCUACGCGGACAUACAAAGGAAGGCUACGGACUUUCAUGGAACCCUAACAAACAAGGCCAUAUUUUGUCAGCUUCCGAUGAUAUGACUGUAUGCCUAUGGGAUGUCCAAGCAAAUGAAAUUAGCGCUGGAUAUUUGGAUGCAAAAACUAUUUUCAAGGGACAUACACAGGUGGUCGAAGACGUUGCAUGGCAUGUCCUGCAUGAAGCAGUAUUUGGUUCCGUUGGUGACGAUCACAAAUUGAUGAUCUGGGAUAUUCGAGGCAACCAGCCGGCACAUACCGUUGAAGCACAUUCUGCUGAAGUCAAUUGCCUAUCCUUCAAUCCAUAUUCGGAGUUCAUCCUUGCUACUGGAAGUGCUGACAAGACGGUGGCGCUCUGGGAUCUCCGAAAUAUGAAACUCAAGUUGCACUCGUUCGAGUCGCACAAGGAUGAAAUUUUCCAAGUGCAGUGGAGUCCUCAUAACGAAACCAUUUUGGCUAGCAGUGGGACUGACAGGAGGCUCCACGUGUGGGAUUUGUCCAAGAUCGGUGAAGAGCAGAAUCCUGAGGAUGCUGAGGAUGGACCACCAGAGCUGCUGUUCAUUCAUGGAGGUCAUACCGCAAAGAUUAGCGAUUUCUCCUGGAAUCCUAACGAACCUUGGGUUGUGUGUAGCGUUUCUGAGGAUAACAUUAUGCAGGUUUUUGUUUUCGACUACACCAAACACUCCUCUGUUCCGAAAGACAAUCAGUGCAAACCUCAAUUACGUCUACGCGGACAUACAAAGGAAGGCUACGGACUUUCAUGGAACCCUAACAAACAAGGCCAUAUUUUGUCAGCUUCCGAUGAUAUGACUGUAUGCCUAUGGGAUGUCCAAGCAAAUGAAAUUAGCGCUGGAUAUUUGGAUGCAAAAACUAUUUUCAAGGGACAUACACAGGUAUGGCAAAUGGCUGACAACAUCUACAACGAGGGCGAGGAAGAAACGCCUGCUGAUCAACUGGAACGCUAA